AUGCCUCCAACGACAUCUCCCUGGUACGACCGAAUCUCCCACAUAUCGCAGACUGAUUGGUAUGGAAUAUGCGCCGCAAUCGCUCUGGCCAGUUGGCUCGUAUGGUGUCUGGCGUCCCGUGGUGGCCGGUGGGCGAUUCGAUGGCACGUGAUGCAAUUACGGCGACUCCUUGCCUAUCCCCUGCCGAGACCGUUCGGCCACCUCGAUAUGGCCACUGUCCAACAGGGCUCAGUGGUCGCGCUCCUGCUCACGGUGAACAUCCUGCCACUGGUCUUGCGGGCUCGAUCCUGGGCGACCGUGCACCGCCGCGCCGCCAACCUCGCGGUCAUGAAUUUCAUUCCGUUGUGGACGGGCUGGACCUUUGGGUUUCCAGCGCAUCUUCUAGGCAUCGAUUGGUCGGCGGCAGCCUGGACGCAUCGAUGGGUCGGCCGGAUGGUCAUCAUCCACUCCGUCCUCCACGGAGCGAUCGCGAUCCUGGGUGACGGCCAACCGGUGCAAGCUAUACGACAGCAUUACGUUCCAGUUCUGGCAGCGUGUUCGAUGAUCUUGAUCGUUCCCGUGACGCUGCAUGCCGUGGUUCGCCGUUACCCGCAGCUGGCGAUGAAGUGUCACUACCUCUUGGCAGUAACCGGACUGGCUUCGAUGUCCUACCAUGUCUGGAUGCGCCGGUCAAAAAGCCUCUGGUGUUUGGUGGCGGCAGCGGCUCUGUGGAUGUUCCUGAGUCUGGCUUCCUUGGCUGUUCCCCUACGAAGACGCUGGGGCCACACCUGGCCUUCUGUUGUCAUAUCCCAGCACGAUGAGCUUCUCCGUAUGGACAUCGCCGUCCCCUCUGCGUGGAAAGUCGAGGCCGGCCAAUAUGUGUACCUCUGGCUGCCACAGGCAGGCCUGCGAACUGCUAGUCAACUACCGCUUUUCUAUGUCUCAUCUUGGGAAGAUACGCCGGGGUCCAACGACGCAAGGGCAUCAACUGCCGAACAAGGGGUGGAAUUGAGACAGGUGGCGACAGCGGCAGAACGCGAUGCAGCCGUGCCCACUGUCAGCCAACGGCAUGGAUCGAGAGGGAGGACGUCCUGGUAUACUGCGAUGGGUCACCGAACGCUACGGGUGCUGGCCCGCCCGCAGUCUUCGGCACUGGCGGCGGCGCUCUAUAAUGCCAAGCAUCUCCACAAUAUUCCACACAGCGCGCUCGUGCUGGGACCGUAUGGGCGACCGCCGGAUCUGGCCCCCUUCGGGAUCGUGCUACUGAUCGUAGAGGAUAUCGGGAUUGCGCGAGUCUUUUCGCUCAUCCAGACCCUGGUCAUGGCGAGUGAACAGCACCGCGCUAUGGUCCGGAAGCUCAUCGUGGUUUGGCAAAUGGAGGACUUAGAUAACCGUCGGUGGGUGAACAUGCAGCAUUUGCUGGACCUCGAUCGCCAAGAAUUCAAGAUCCUCCGAUUCGUCCUCUACUACCGUCGAAACCGCAAGAAUGAGCCCUCGCGGAACCCCGGCACGAGGGUCCGAUUCAUGACAGGGUCUGUGGAUGUGGCACAGACGAUAAGGACAUACCUGAAUACGCGUCGGGGGAGUAUGUUGGUCGGCGUUUGUGCUCGACAGUCGAUCCGCAACCAGGUCAAGGCGAUCGUUCAGCCCAGCUUGAGUGAUGACCUCCGGCUCCUGGAUCUUGACGUUGAGCCGUGUCAUCGGUGGUCGAACACUGACACAACGGUGGCCGACACUACGGGACCAUCCAGAAACCACGUCCAAUGGGUCGCCUCCAGAAUAGCGGAAGGCCGUGGUCAUUCCCGAUGA